CCAAGCUGGCGCAAUGCUUCAGCGAUGUAUGAGCAGGUCAAAGAAAUGCCAGGACCUCCAUCUUGGAUUCGCACCGGAUACAAAUUUCCUCAAGAAAUAGUCACCCUGGAUGAGGCUCCAGAUGAACCACAAACCUUAUAUUGGCACAACCCGGUGGAAUGUGCCCACUUCUUAUUCCAGAAUCCGGAUUUUGAUGGCUCUAUGGCGUAUGCUCCUUCUCGUGUAUAUGAUCAACAUGGAACAAGGGUAUACACGGAAAUGACAACUGCAGAGGAAUGGCACCUCCAACAGGUGAGUAAGCAUCCUUCAAUUGAGUAA